AUGGCCAACCCAUCAAUAGCAAGCAACCGCACUCGUUCCAUUCUACAUGCAGCCAAGGAGGGUAAAUAUGCCGUUGGUGCAUACAACUGCUACAAUUGUGACGGUGUGAUGGCCGUUAUUCGUGCUGCAGAAGCCAAAAGGUCACCAGCUAUUAUUCAGCUUUUCCCCUGGACCCUGCAUUUCCAAGGCCCCGAGUUUGUCCGUUACGUAGUCAACUAUGCCCAUGCCGCCUCAGUUCCCAUUGCAGUACAUCUGGACCAUUGUAUCGAGCCCGAGGACGUACAGUUAGCCCUAACUCUUCCUUUCGAUUCUAUCAUGAUUGACGGUUCGACAAUGGAACAGGCGGAGAAUGUCGCAAUCUGUGCACGAAACAUUAAGCGGGCACACGUGCUCGGCAUUUCUAUUGAAGUCGAGAUGGGACGGAUAGAGGGCGGGGAGGAUGGACUGCCUAACGUGGAUCUAGGGACUAUCUUUACAAACCCCGAGGAUGCUAAACGGUUCAUGGAAGAGACUGGUGCCGACUUCCUUGCUCCAAGCUUUGGCAAUAUUCAUGGAGGCUACGGACCUGGUGGUGCCGAAAAGUCGUGGGACACAGCUCUUCUUAGCAAGAUUUCGAAAACUGUUGAGCAGCCACUUGUGCUGCACGGAACACACCCCGUUGAGGAUGAACUCUUCCUCAAGGCAAUUGACUGUGGGGUUUCGAAGAUCAACGUCAACCGAACAGUGCGAGAUGAUUAUACGACGUUUGUCGCUGAGAAUGCUGGCAAAUUGGAGUUGACAGUACUCAAGGUCCAGGCUGUCGACGUUUAUUCUAGGUCUGUCCAGCGGGUUAUGGAUCUCUUCAGAUCUUCUGGCAAAGCAUAA